AGUUUCUUCAUUCCAAUAAUUCUUUCUACCAUGGAAACGGUGUCCUGCUCUAUAACUCGCAAGGGCAAGCGUUUGCCUUUGUGUUUUCGUGUUACCACCAUCAACGAUGUUCCCGAUUGUCUAAUUAUAGAAAUUUUGCUUCGUCUUCCAUUGAAAUCAGCCAAGCACUGUAUGCUUGUUUCCAAGCACUGGUACGCUCUAAUGUCUACUCCUUAUUUCGCUCAUCGCUUCCUUCAACUCAAUUAUACCUCUGUUCUCCUUAUGUCCUAUGAAGACUUCGACAAUGGAAUUAAAAAACUCUUGGUGACCUAUCAAAAAUGGAUUUUCAGAUCUCAAGCGCUUUCUCUUUCUGUUCUACCUUGUGAUUACUUACCUUGCGAGCCAGAGGCAGAGCCUGCCUCUGUGGUAGCCUCGUGCCAAGAUUUGCUAUUGUGUUGCUCUAGGCUUGGUUCCAAGUCUGUUUAUUUUAUAUGUAAUCCAACUACUGGAAGAUGGACUCAACUCCCUCCAAGUCCUCCUCCUCAUAAGCAAACCCGCCAUGGAUUUAUAUUCCAAGGCUGCGGUACUAGUUUUAAGUAUGCUGUGGUUAGAAUUCCAUAUUUUGCUGAACUCCGUUUCUGCAAUGACCUUAAAGUUCAGAUUUUUAUCUCUGAUUCUGCUAAUUGGAGUGAAAAAUUGUUGACUUGUAGGUCUAAAGUCUUUGGAUGGCCUUUAUUGAACUGUAGUGGCAUUCCUCAUAAAGGAAUGUUGUUUUGGAUUAGUUGUUUUUUGAAUGUAUUGAUCGGUAUAGAUCCAUUCAAUGAAGGUGAAUCCCCUCGUUUAAUUGAUCUACCACCUGGAGCAUUCUCUAUUAGAAUUAACAAAUCUCUUGCAGUUUGUAAGGGAAUCUUAAGAUUGUUGGAGAUUAAAGAUGAUUUCACUAAAGAUGUUCUAUCCAUUCGUGUAUGGGAUCUCAAGGAUUAUGAACAAGUUGAAUGGUGUUUGGAGCAUGACAUCAGUUUCUUUGGCUUGCAAUCGAAAAAUCCUACUUGGUUUCAAUGCAAGCAGUCUGUAAAACUGCUCGCUUCUGACUCCAACAAUGGUGACAUUGUGUACUUUAUGAUGGGUCGAAGCACAGUUGUAUCGUGCAACCUGCAUAUGCAAACAUUAGAUGUUAUAUGUGACAAUAUUAUAGUGGAGGCUUUUGAUAAAGCCUUCGUCUAUGCGCUUCCUUGGCAGCCGACUUUCAUCCCUUCGCUCCCACUGCAAAACAGGUGUUAUGACAUUUAAGCAAAAGAUUAAGAAACAAAAGAGAUCUUUCUUGUUAUUUCUAAUAAUUGCUGAUCUUAUAUUCGUUAUGUAGGCACACCUAUGAUUUUGACGUAAGCAACAUGUUCACUUUCUGCCAAUUUGGUGUGAUUUAAAUCCAUAAUCUUAGUUCUUUAU